AGUAUAACGGAAUAUUUUUCAAAAGUCAUAAAUGUGAGCACGGCUGCGUCACAGUAGUCCGUCAAAGAUCCAGUGUCCACACUUCACGGGCAGAAGUAAACAGUGACGUCACGAAGCGUCAUCGAGGCGAUAAAAAGUCGAUUUUAUUCGCACAAGUUCGGCCAGCUGACUGCGUCCCCCUCCCCGCAGGCCGACGCUGCACGCACUGAAUUUUCAGUGUGGCGAGAUUUCAGGGCGAGGGAGACAGGUAUAGACGGAACGGUGCGAGUGAGCGAGACGAGGGUAUGAGCGCGCGCGGCCGCGGGCUCGGCGCGGUGGGCGGGCGCGCUCCGGAUGAUGUAUAGAGUGGUGGAGUUAGGUUCAAAUUGGUCCGGGAAGUGGCCGAGAUUAGAGCCAGCGCGGGCCGCAACGCGCCGCGUACGUAAGCCCACUUAAGACUGUUUUUAAUACUAGUAUUUUUUACGCGAUCCCGACAGGAUUUAGCGGAUAAGCGACGUCGCCGCGAUCGUGCGCUUUGAUUUAUCGGUAUCGGAUUCGUAUUUGGUUUGUUCUCUGGUGUAUACGUUAGUGGGUGACGGGCGUGCGCGUGGUCGCGUAAUCCCGCGGCUUGUACCAGAUUAUGACGGAUAUCAUCGGAUUGCGUGUACACAAACUGUGAAAACCAGCGUGCCGAGGAAUCGUCCAGCUCGCCAGCGUCACCUGUCCGCACCAUCUCCGAUAUUUGUAUUGGCCACAAGAAUGUGGAACCGCGCGUGAUCCGUGAACAGAUCACUUGCGCGCUUGCUUCUUUCCACCACCGUCAGAAAAGGCAUCAUCAUUCACCUCCGGGUGUACAAAGAGGCGCUAGCGGCCGGAAUGGAGCCGCUAAGCGAGAACGGGCUCUGUCUAUCCGAGCUCGAGCUGCACGGAGGGGGUCACUUGCACGAGUCCGUGGCCGCGUCCGUGGGCUCUGCGAUCUCGAGCCUGAUGGCCCCCUUGCACCACGAGCCGCAACAUACACCUCUCCAUCACGCACCGCCACUGCAUCAUGAACCGCUUGAAAAGCUCAAAUUAUGGGCGGAGACUGGCGAGUUUCGGGACAGUGGUCACUCAUCAUUGGCGUCAGUUGGUUCAGGAGUUGAGCAGUCAUCGCUCUAUGCGCCACCACGACCGAGACGCGACAGGAAACCCACUGACGACAGUGAGUAUUUUUGCAAUCGGCCACUAACGUCGGAGCCGACGAUAAAGACGGAGUCAACGACUCCGGGGGUCGGGCCCGACGAGCCUUCAAUGGACGACAAGGGCGACAAGAAAAACAAGAGACAACGCCGCCAGAGAACACAUUUCACCAGCCAACAGCUGCAAGAACUUGAAGCCACCUUCGCAAGAAACCGCUACCCAGACAUGUCUACGCGCGAGGAGAUCGCCAUGUGGACCAACCUCACGGAAGCGAGAGUUAGGGUAUGGUUUAAAAACCGGAGAGCUAAAUGGCGGAAACGAGAAAGAAACGCCAUGAACGCCGCCGCUGCUGCCGCCGCAGACUUCAAGAACGGUUUCAGCACGCAGUUCAACGGGUUAAUGCAGCCCUUCCCCGAUACUGAUGCGCUGUACUCAUCGUAUCCAUACAACAACUGGGCUGCUAAGGUGCCCAGCCCUCUCGGCACUAAGAGCUUCCCUUGGCCAGUAAACCCACUAGGCUCAGUAGUACCUGCGAGUCAUCACCAGGGCUCAGUGAACUGCUUCAAUACCGCGACAUCAAUGGGUGGUGUCGGUGGCGGUGGCAUGGGUGGCGUGGCGGGUACGGGCGGUGUGGCCGGUGGCGUGGCGCCAUGUCCGUACACGCCACCCAACCCGUACGGCAUGUACCGCGCGGAGCCGUGCGCCGCGAUGUCGUCGUCGAUUGCGUCACUGCGGUUGAAGGCCAAACAGCACUCGUCAGGGUUCGGUGGUGGGUACGGCGGCGUGUCGCCCGUGUCCCGCGCGGGCUCGGCGCCUCUGUCGGCGUGCCAGUACGCGGGUGGCGUGGCGGAGCGGCUCUGAGAGGAGGCGCGGGGGCGCGACGAGCGCGAGGCCGGCGUGCUGGCGCGCGCCUCCUAGUCGCCGCCCGCGCCGCGGCCGCCGCCCCUGUACUCGCACCUGUGGGACUGGUUCGACUGACGCGCGCGCAGCCUGCGCCCCGCACCGCCUGUGUCGGUGCUGGACGUUACUUACGAUACCUCGGGCAAUAAAAUAUAACGACGUCGUUCUAAACUUGUUGUAAAUAUGUAGUUAUGUAUGUACGUAUACCAAAGCGAUGUGUGCAAUUUUUACAAGCUUACGAUGUACUUAGGUUAUAUAAUGUAAGUGUUUUAGCUUAAAAUCGAAAAUGUAAAUAUAUAAACUUGAUAACUUAUUAAAUACGAAACAAUGAGCAUUUGAGUAAUAGUGAAAUUAUAGCAAUCGUAAGAUUUUGUUUCAAAGUGUCAGUGUUUUGUGUUAUAUUACAGAGGUGAUGUUGUUACUGUAUGCUCCCCUCUCCACUCGAUACUUUAUCGCGUUACGCAUUUAACACAUGCAUAUCUAAACAUAUAUCAGUAAAGUAACAAGGAGUGCUCCAAACGUGUGAAGUUCAGUAAUUCCAAAACAACAAUGAUUUUGUAACAGUGAGGAUAUGUCACGAGUACCAAAAUGUGAAAUCUAAAAUAAAAUAACCGUAAUCUAAAUUGUCAUUUUUAAACUAAUGUACUUAUCAAGGCUACUGCCACACUGUAAAUUCAAAUUCUAAUAACAUUUAAAUUUUGUUGUACAACAAUUGAAUUUGAAAAAUUUCAUGUAAAUAUAGAGUAAUUUUAAAAUAAGAAUGUACUUGAAUCAUGUUAAACGGACAAUUUUGAAUCUUAAAUUUUAAACAAAACGAAUGAAAAUCGAACGAAUUAAAAGAUAGUAUAGAAGAGUUAAUGGCAAUCAUUAAAAUUAUGAUUUUAAAUGAAUCCAUUACUUUUAUUUCAACAAAACCUCAUUUUAACUGAAGCUUCAAAGUUGGUCGUAUUAAGUACCCUAACAAUAAUGUAAUUAAUACCAUCUUCAAAAACAGCUUUUGAAAGUAAUAGGGACCCUAAUUGAUACAUUUAAAUAGAAAAUUGAAUGUCAACAUUUCCGAAUAAAGGGAACUAUCACGGAAAAGGCACUAGUAGGAACUAAGGUCUUUUGCCCAUUAAAAAAUUUGCUAAUGUCAAACCACUGGACAUUCUAUUAUUUGACAGUUACUGUAAUUGGACGUCAAAGACUUUAUUUUACAUUAGUGCCAUCUGAUAACCGCGAAAAAUGAUAGUCCUUACUGUAAGUUGCUUGCUACGACUGCUACGAGAAAUGCUACGCGGUGCUACGACAAUACUUGGGUUCAUUACAAAUUGUUUUAAAUUGUUACUGUAUUUUGUAGUCUUUGUCCAUUGUCUAAUGAAGAGGAUUAUGAGCUAAGCAAGCCUGCUAUUUAUCGGGUAUGAAGUUCAAUAUAAAUUUAAAAAAUACCAACAAUUGGGUGAAGUUCGAUUUGUGUUCUAGCUAACAAAAUUUGGCACAGAUUUGUAUUCUUGUAUAUAACUAGUAAAAUACUAAAUGAGUCUUAUUUUCAGUCACUCGUUUAACUCUUUCAUUACUUAUCUAAUUUGUCGUCGUAGCACAUCGCAUUUCGAAACAUUAAAAACUAAGUUUUCCAAAAACCACCCAAUACUAGAAAUAACCGCUUACACAAUGAGAUUAACGUAACCAGGAUCUCAAUAUUUAUUAAAAUAUUUAUAACUUAACGCCGUUUAUGUAAUAAUUGUAAUAUAUUGUAACUAUUUAAUUAUAAAAACAUUCACUAGAUGUAAAGUUUAGUUUAAUACACGCACUAGUAUAACCUACUUCCGUGUGCCUGUAAUUGUCAAGGAAACACUAAAUUAUGAAAAUAAAUAUGUAAAUAUAUAGAUUUGACUUUAAAUAAUAAUAAUAAUAUUUGAUGUGAAAUUCGAGGUUUUCAUUUUAUACAUAUCAGGACAAAAUAUCUGAACACGAAUACUUUGUUGACGUUAUUUUGUGAGUAACAAUUAUGAGGAUAACAAUUGUUUUGUAACUUAAAAAACCUCUAGUCAUAAUAAAAGAUAUCAC